UCAGGGAGGAGCGGCCAGAGUGUUCCGAUCUCACGUCAGACGGCGUGACCGACGGCGGCUCCGGUCUAUGAUCGCUUAACGUCGCCUGGGCCGCUAAAAUUAAACCCGGCACGUUCGCCCGGCACGAGAAGGAGUUGGAUUGUCAUUUCUUGUUUUGCGUAGCGGCGACGGACUGUUCCAACAUGGCUUUUCUGUACGAAUACGUCACACAAGAGCAACUCGCAGGCUUCGACAAAUACAAGUACAGCGCAGUGGACUCCAAUCCUUUGUCCAUCUACGUCAUGCACCCUUUCUGGAACUUUGUUGUGAAGUUUCUCCCAAAGUGGUUGGCUCCGAAUCUUAUCACGUUCACCGGCUUUAUGUUCCUGGUGGUCAACUUCCUCAUGCUGGCCUUCUACGACUACGACUUCAAUGCUUCAGCCAUUGGACAGGAUCAUGUGCCUAGCUGGGUGUGGGUGACGGCGGGGCUCUUCAACUUCCUGGCCUACACACUAGACGGCGUGGACGGCAAGCAGGCGCGCCGCACCAACUCCUCCACGCCACUAGGGGAGCUGUUUGACCACGGGCUGGACAGCUGGGCCUGCAUCUUCUUCGUGGCCACCGUCUACUCCAUAUUUGGGCGUGGCGAGAGCGGCGUGGGCGUGGCCACGCUUUACUACAUCCUUUGGGUGGUGCUCUUCUCUUUUAUUCUGUCACACUGGGAGAAGUACAACACGGGCGUGCUCUUCUUGCCGUGGGGCUACGACAUCAGCCAAGUGACCAUCUCCCUGGUCUACGUGGUGACGGCAGUGGUAGGCGUGGAGACCUGGUACCAGCCCGUCCUGUUCCACUUCCUCUACAGAGACCUUUUCAGCUUCAUGAUCGUUGCCUGCUCCUUCGCAGUGACGUUGCCCAUGAGCCUCGUCAACGUCCUCAGGGCGUACCGCAGCAACUCGCUGAAGCACGAAAGCGUCUACGAGGCCUUCCUGCCCUUCCUGUCGCCCGUGCUCCUCUUUGCCAUUUCCACCGUUUGGGUGCUCUUCUCUCCAUCCGAAAUCCUGGAGCUACAGCCCAGGCUCUACUACCUCAUGGUGGGCACGGCCUUCGCCAACGUCACGUGCAAGCUGAUUGUGUGUCAAAUGAGCAACACGCGUUGCCAGCCACUGAGCUGGCUACUGGUGCCGAUGACCGCCGUGGUGACGCUGGGCGUGUCGGGCCUGGUGGCCGACGAGACGCGACUGCUGUACUUGUGGACGGCCGCCGUCGUGCUGGCGCACAUACACUACGGCGUGUCGGUGGUCCAGCAACUCAGCAACCAUUUUGGCAUCAUGGCCUUCUCACUGAAGAAGCCUCGCAGUGAUUGACAUGAGGACGAACGAAUCGGCUUGAAAGGAGCAGAAGAAGUUUAGACUCUCCCCGCUCCUUUUCUCUCUCUGCUCAACGACAUGUCACCCUCGUUACCGCGGUAACCGUAUCCUCCAUCCAUGAGGGAUGCCCCAAAACACGCACGCACACAUAGCCACCCGCCUCAAGUUUUUUUUUGUUUUUUUUGGUGAUUGGGGGGCUCAAGGAGGUUCGGCUUACCUCAUUGGAGGAUCGGUCGGUCCACUGUGUCGAGCCAAUGAGGUGCGAGUGUUUCCUACGGAAAUGUGUUCCAUUUAUUGGCUAGCGAGCCAAUACGCGCGCCCCCCCCCCCACAGAUAAACAAUAUUAUGGUAUUAUGAAUGUAUAAUAAUAUUAAUAAUAAGCCUUGAUGAAAACUCGGAAUUCAAAAGUUUUUAAUUUACUCUUUAAUGCAAUCAUUAUUUUAAUAUUUGCGGUUAUUUGGAAGUAGACUUGACUAAUGGAUCCUGCGCGGCGGAUCAUAUUUAUUCCGCUACACGCUGCCGGUGAUCAGACGCGGAUGAUACAGGGAAGUGUCGUGUCUUUCACGCUGAUUCGUUCUUUAUCCCCCCCCCCUCCCUCGUCUUUCGUGUCGUUGGGUUGCCGUGGCGACGGCAGCCGCUUGAAUGAAGAGUGCAUCCCAAAAGCCGUGCCACGGAACGGAUUCACUCUGAGGGGAGCAAGCGAGCACACGCCCGCCGCCUGGCCUCUUUUGUUGGUUUGUUCGUUCGUUUGUUUGUUUGUCAUAAAACAAUUUUUUUUUUGUAUAACUAAUGUGUGUCGGUGUCGUCAGCAAGCGUCAAGCCUGCAGCUCUGCUACUAAUGCCUGGCAAACGGGACGCGAGUGUUGAGGGACAGCCUGCAUGCCUUUCAAGCACAUCGAGUCGAGGAAGCUCAAGUUUGUAUGUAUGUGUGUGUGUAUAUGUGUGUAUAUAUGUGUGUAUGUUGAGAUAAGGAAAGAAACUGACAGAAUACACGAGAUGAACACAGACGUAAUGCGUCUAUAUAGAAAAGUUUAUUAUGAGCAAAUGCGAUCAAUUCAUGACUGAAUUGUGUGGUGCUCGGUACACUUCAUAAUGUUCCAUCCUAACAUUAGAGAGAAGAAAGAAAACCUCAUUGAGUGUAAUUUUUUUUUUUCAACCACUAUGUUGGACACCACUGUGUUUUUUUGUUUUUUUUUAAUUAAAAUGGAUGAAAAAUGCCUGUAAGUGCUUAAUACUUCUAAUCAGUUGAAAAUAUCUGAUGAAUAAAUGCUACACAAACUG